UUCGUUAAAAAUACGAAAUUUUGACACAACUUUCGUUAAAAUAGAUACGCUCAACUCCUUCAUGAAAAUCAACCGGCCCUUCGGAUAUAAUCACCUAUUUUCUUGAUUUUGCUACAACGUGCCGUGUUUUGUUCUGGUUCAUAUUUGCUCCUUCUAGUUUGGUAAAUCUGUUCCGCGCUCUUGCCAGUGCAUUCGCGCAGUAAAAGGUGAGGUAAACAUGCAUCCGGCGGUGUGUUGGUGGCGCCGCAUUGCUUGGCGCGGAGCCUGCGCCCUUCCUUCUGGUACAUUCCCCGACGCAAUCCGACCCCGUUCGCACCAGAAAAGCUUUCCUCCUAACUCAACGUCAACACGUUGUCAUUCUUCGUUUUUUGCGGCAACGGACGUGCAGCGUUUUUGCGGCGGUCAUCUUUCCAGUGUUGGCGACAGCAAAUUGCUACCUUCAGCUUCGCUUUCGCGAGUCGGGCAGCUUUCGGGGCGAGAAUUUUCCAGCAGCAAUAAAGCCAAGCAUAAAAUGACGGCCAGCAAGUACCAGAUUGCGGAACGUGGCGCUCCCAACUCCACCGACUACCGGGUUUAUUUCAAGAACGAAAACGGACAGUCCAUUUCACCUUUGCAUGACAUUCCAUUGUACGCGAACGAUGAGCGAACCGUGUACAACAUGGUGGUGGAGGUGCCCCGCUGGACAAACGCCAAGAUGGAAAUCAGCUUGGGCGAGGGCCUGAACCCGAUCAAGCAGGACGUGAAGAAGGGCAAGCUGCGGUUCGUCGCCAACUGCUUCCCGCACCACGGCUACAUCUGGAACUACGGUGCGUUCCCGCAGACCUGGGAGAACCCGGACCACCUGGACGCGGACACCGGCUGCAAGGGCGACAACGAUCCCAUCGAUGUGCUCGAGAUUGGCUCGCGCAUUGCGAAGCGGGGCGAGGUGCUGCAGGUGAAAAUACUCGGCACGAUCGCACUGAUCGACGAGGGCGAAACGGACUGGAAGAUUAUCACGAUCAACGUGAACGACCCGCUGGCCGAUCAGGUGAACGAUAUCGGCGACGUGGAGACGGUGUUCCCCGGGCUGCUGCGCGCCUCGGUCGAGUGGUUCAAGAUCUACAAGAUCCCGGACGGCAAGCCGGAGAAUCAGUUCGCGUUCAACGGCGACGCGAAGGAUGCCGCAUUCGCCACCAAGACGGUCGCUGAGACGCACCGGUUUUGGCAGCAGCUGGUUAACAAGGAGGUUGACAACAAUGGCAUCUCAUGCCUGAACACGACCGUCGACGGUUCGCCGUAUCUGGUGGCUAAUGAUGCAGCAGAUGAGGUGUUUGCCAAGAGUGCGACCGGUGGUAAUCCCGAACCCGUCAGUGAAGCACUUCACAAAUGGCACUUCGGGUCGGAAAACAGCUAUUCAAAACUGUAAGAACCGGUGUGUGUUGUAGCUAGCUUUCGCCCGGCAAUGCUGAACGUGCUCUAGAUGUUAGUUAAAUAAUAGCUCUUGAUGGUGGUUGUGUAUGUUUAAAAUGUAUCAAUAAAGUGUGCAUGCUUUCAUGCUUCGUGCUGCUUGUAACAUAAUUAACGCUGUAUGAUGAGAAAUAUGCAUCUCCUAUGUGCGGGUUUUAGUGAAAUAGAAGUUGAUACAACUUUUUGCAUCUUUCCACAGUUGACAAAUGGCACUACAUUACGCUGAAGUAAACGAUCGAGAACGAUUUGAGCGUUGAAGACAACUGCACACAUUCGAUUGUAGGUGGAGAUGUUGUUUUAAUACCUUCGUAAAGUGGAAGCUAGCGAGAUUUUUUAAUUAAAAUUAUUCUUCAGUACAGCAGUCUAAAGCCCGCGGUUAAUUUGGUAGGUGUUAUAUUUAUUUAUUGUAAACUGCACACGAUAAAACAUUUGCUCGCAGCGCAUCGGUUCGGAAAAGGUUGAUGCAUUUAAUAAAAGUGAAAUUAACUGAAGGAUCCAA